CUCAAGUUGAGUUUAACAUAAUCAACUUUUUUUCGAUGCCUUAAAAGGCACCAAGUUAGUUUCUUCUUAUAAUAUUGACAGACUUGUCUAAUGUUCUAAAGUGGUUGCAGUAGACAUGCAUACUCCUGCACAUUAUGUGUGUUCUUGUAAUAACUACAGCCUUUUUUUUUUACUAAAUUUCCAUAAAUCCUAAAAUUCUUGUACCGUAAAUCCUCCGAAAUUGCAUCCUCGUGAACAUCAAAGUUGGUAAAGAUUCCUAUUAAGACGAGACAAUAAGUCAGAAAACAAUGAAGUUAGAAUUAUAUUUCUUGAAGCAGGCAAGUAUGUUAUGUAUGUCAUCUUUAAUAAUGCAGGCCAUGGUUGAAGACAGAGAGCUCCAUGGUCUACAUGUUCAACUCUUGCAAAUCAGUCAUUGCUCACAUCUAGCACAUAAUUCAUCAACAUUUUCUUCAUGGACCUCCAGCUCUCGUCCUUCCCGAUCCUUUCCGGCAUCAUUUUAUUCAUUCUAAUGGUGCUGGUGCUGAAGAUGGUUAUGAGACCUAAACCAACUUCAAAUCUACCUCCGGGGCCGUGGAAGGUGCCUUUUAUAGGAAACUUACACCAACUAGUACUAAAGCAACCACAUCGAGCACUACUAGACUUAGCCAAAAAGCAUGGACCCUUAAUGCACCUUCAAUUUGGGGAGGUACCCACAUUUGUUGUUUCUUCGCCAGAGUAUGCAAAAGAGGUAAUGAAAACUCAUGACAUUACUUUUGCUUCGAGGCCUCUUUUAAAUGCUAUGAAAGUCAUGACUUAUGGUCACACUGACAUUGUCUUUGCACCAUAUGGCGAGUAUUGGAGGCAAUUAAGGAAAAUAUGCACACUAGAGCUUUUGAGCAUGAAACGUGUCCAAUCGUUCAGGCCGAUAAGAGAGCAAGAGAUGUCGAAUUUCAUAGAAUGGAUUGGUAUGAAUGCUGGAUCAUCGGUCAACCUGACGGAAAAACUCUACACAUCAACGUACGCCUUGGUUUCAAACGUGGCAUUUGGGAGGACAUGCGAUGAACAUGAAGAAUUCAUAUCAUAUGCUGAGGAAGCCAUGAAGAGAGGAACGGGAUUCGAUAUCGUGGAUAUGUUUCCUUCCUUGAAAUUGCUCCAUUGGAUUAUUGGCGAGAGCACGAGAACCGAAAGGUUACAUAAACGAGGUGACAUGAUACUUGAAAACAUUAUCAACCAACACAUUAAGGAAUCAAAAACCAGAAAAGGUGACGAUGAAGACGAAGACCUAGUUGAUGUUCUCUUAAAAUUCCAUGAGGAGGGUGAUUUUCCGUUGACUAUUAACAAUAUCAAAUCAGUAAUUCAGGACAUGUUUGUUGCUGGAGGUGAAACGUCAGCGACGACUGUUGAUUGGGCUAUGAGAGAAAUGAUAAAAAAUCCGAUAGUAAUGAAGAAGGCACAAGCCGAGGUGAGACAUGUUUUCGAUAGCAGAGGAAGAGUCGACGAAACAGGCAUUCCUGAGCUGAAAUAUUUAAAGUUCAUUCUUAAAGAAACUCUAAGAAUACACCCUCCAUUGCCUUUUCUACUUCCAAGAGAAAAUUCAGAGCGAUGUCAGAUAAAUGGAUACGAGAUACCAGCCAAAACAAAAGUAAUAGUGAAUGCAUGGGCUAUUUUAAGAGAUCCCGAGUAUUGGACUGAACCAGAAAGAUUUUAUCCGGAGAGAUUCAUCAAUAGUUCAGUUGAUUACAAGGGGACUAGUUUUGAAUAUAUCCCCUUUGGUGCUGGGAGGAGGCUGUGUCCUGACAUGACAUUUGGUCUUGCAAAUGUAGAGCUUUCGCUUUCACAACUGUUGUACUAUUUUGACUGGAAUCUUCCCGGUGGAAUGAAGCAUCAAGAUCUCAACAUGACCGAAAACUUCGGUGUGACAAUGAGAGCAAGAGAUGACCUGCACUUAGUUCCAACUCCUUAUCACUCGCUCUCCAGUUGUUAACAAGCACAAGGUUCCCAACUCCAGCCUUACCACCCUUUACCAGUUCACCUGACAAUUCUAGUCCUUUGCAAUCCUUUCGAGCUUUGUUUUCUUUACUAUAAUUGUUCUGAAGAUAGGGAAGAGACCCAAAUCAACUUCAAACCUGCCUCCAGGUCUAUGGAAGUUACCUCUUCUAGAAAAUUUGCACCAAUUGAUUGGCUCUCCACCUUACCAUGACACUAAGAGACUUGGCCGGGAAGUACGGACCAUUGAUGUUGUUUCUUCUGCAUAGUGUUUUUUUGUUAAGUGAGCGGGUUGGAGGACUCGAACUUGGUUACCACCAAGUUGAUUUUAUGCCUUAACCACCUUUGCUGAAGGGUUGUUGGCCUUUUACAGAAUACGCUAAAGAAGUAGUGAACUACCCGAGCGGUGUCGUCGUGAUUUAAGUUGUAAAACUAGAACAUAAACUUAACCUAAUUUUUAUGUUCAGAUAGAGGGAAAGAGAGCGAAAGAGAGGCAGUGAGGAAGGUGUUAAUCUCUUGUAAACUCUACUUGUAAGCAUCUCGAAAGAUCGUAGUGGACUAUUGCUGGAAGUAGGAUCUCGUGUUGAGUUCGAACUAGGAUAACUAUAU